AUGUGGAAGUUGAUAAUUUCGGUUGUUAGUCUCGCCACUCUGGCAAUUGGUACUAACAUAUCAAAGAGCAAUCGAUGCCCGGUUGAUGAUGUUGAGUACAAAUUAUUCUAUUUGGAAGAUUUAACGCGGGAAAGCUGUGCACGAUAUUACGUUUGUGUUCAAGGAGUGGAAAGGGCUUUCGAGUGUCCAGCUCGCACAUAUUUUGACGUCGAAUCCAUAUCGUGUGUUACUCCGUGGAGAAGUUCUUGCCGAGUUGAAGGUGUUGUUUGUAGUGUGGAAGGAGAACGUUUUCAGAAUACCAGAGAUUUCGCAACAUACUACGAAUGCGUCGAUGGUUUCCCAUAUUUAAAGGAGUGUGAAGUUGGUGAACGCUUCGUGAAUGGACAGUGCGUGAUGAAAUAUGUCGUAAACUUGGAGUAUUCAAGAAUGAACUUACAACAAACUGAUGACCCUACCGAAGAAACAGCAACUGACGAAACCACAUCAACAAAUACCGAGGAAACUACAACAACGACUACCGAAGAAACCACAACAACUACCGCAGAACCAACGACGACAACUACCGAGGAACCAACAACGACAACCACUGGAGAAACCACAACGACAACCACCGAAGAAACCACAACAACUACCGCAGAACCAACAACUACAACCACUGGAGAAACCACAACAACAACUACCGAAGAAACCACAACAACAACCACCGAAGAAACCACAACAACUACCACAGAACCAACAACGACAACCACUGGAGAAACCACAACAACAACUACCGAUGAAACCACGACAACCACUGGAGAAACCACAACAACAACUACCGAAGAAACCACAACAACUACCACAGAACCAACAACGACAACCACCGGAGAAACUACAACUACCGAUGAAACCACGACAACCACCGGAGAAACCACAACUACCGAUGAAACCACGACAACCACCGGAGAAACCACAACUACCGAUGAAACCACGACAACCACCGGAGAAACCACGACUACCGAUGAAACCACGACAACCACCGGAGAAACCACAACUACCGAUGAAACCACGACAACCACCGGAGAAACCACGACUACCGAUGAAACCACGACAACCACCGGAGAAACCACAACUACCGAUGAAACCACGACAACCACCGGAGAAACCACAACUACCGAUGAAACCACGACAACCACCGGAGAAACCACAACAACGAGCACCACGGAACCAACGACGACAACCACCACCACGGAACCAACAACGACGACAACCACUACAGAACCGACGACAACCGCCGAUCCUUUUGAUCCAGCAGAAGCGUGCCGUGGGGUUGUUAUUGCAAUUCUGCCCCAUCCGUACGUUUGCUAUCAGUACGUUGUGUGCCUGUUUGGAAACGGAAGUGUGGCAACCUGCGACGUGAAUUACAUAUUCAGCGAAACCUACACCGUUUGUGUGCCCGGCAGUUGGGACACCUGCGAGUCGACUAGAGUCUUAACGUUACUAAAUUCGUACCAAAGAAAGGAAAUUUUAGUUCAAUAA